GGAACCUUGUCGCUCUGGUGAGAAACGUGUGUUGUUAUGUUGACUGCAAGCUAGUUAGGUGUUUACCUCCAAAGUAACACAAGGAAUGAUGGCUUCAAAUAAACUGGCUUCUUUUCGACUGCCCCCUCUUCCAACCAUUGGAGAGAUCAUCAAGCUGUACAAUUUGCGGGCGCAGAAACAGCUGUCUCAGAACUUUCUCCUGGACAUGAGACUCACAGAUAAAAUCGUGCGGCAUGCAGGCAAACUGAGGAACGCGCACGUGUGUGAAGUAGGCCCGGGCCCGGGAGGCCUGACCCGGUCCAUCCUCAGCGCCGGCGCCGCCGACCUGCUGGUGGUGGAGAAGGACACUCGCUUCAUCCCCGGGCUGAAGCUUUUGACAGAAGCCGCUCCGGGGAGAAUGAGGAUUGUUCACGGUGACAUACUUACCUACCGGAUGGACAGGGGCUUCCCUACACACAUAACCAGGAAGUGGGAGGACGAGCCGCCCAACCUGCACAUCAUCGGGAACCUUCCCUUCAACGUCUCCACUCCCCUAAUUAUCAAGUGGCUGGAGAACAUGGCCAACCAAGACGGCCCCUUCACCUUCGGACGCACUCAGCUCACCCUCACCUUCCAGAAGGAGGUGGCCGAGAGGCUGACCGCCAGCACGGGUAGCAGGCAGAGGAGCCGUCUGUCUGUGAUGGCCCAGUACCUCUGCACCGUCACCAACUGCUUCACCAUCCCAGGGCGUGCCUUCGUCCCCAAACCUAAGGUGGAUGUUGGGGUAGUCCACUUCACCCCGCUGCCCCAGCCCCAGAUCCAGCAGCCCUUCAAGCUGGUGGAGAAGCUGGUGAGGAACGUCUUCCAGUUCCGGAGAAAGCGCUGCCACCGAGGGAUCGAGAUGCUGUUCCCGGAGGCGCAGCGGCUGGAGCUGGCGGAGGCCAUGAUGCGGAGGGCCGACGUGGACCCCACCCUCCGCCCCACCCACCUCUCCAUCCAGGACUUCCAGGCCCUGGCCGACACCUACGCCGGCCUGUGCGCGGAGAACCCGGGCCUGAUCGCGUACGAGUUCCGAGAGGAGCUGAGGCAGAAACGUGGGCGCAAAGGGCUCCAGGAGGAGGAGGAGGAGGAGGAGGAAGAAGAUCGGUACUGACACACAAGGGCGCGGGGACACAGGAGGAGCUAACCACCUCGGUGAAGAAGGAUGCUAACGGCACGCUGCUCUACAGACCGACAGACUCAGCCGGCCGAGCCAUGAAUUUUCCAAGACGAAUAUUCCUUUUGUUUGCUGAAGGAGAGGGAAUGGCUGGCUGCAACAGGACUGCUGGUGAGAGAGGAGGAGAGAGGAUGGGGUUCCGAGAGAGACAGUGAGUCUCAUUCUAUGGCAAAAACACAGCAGGACUGCUGGGACAGUCAGCUGAGACUCGGAUUGUGUAUGUAUUAACUGGCGCACAUAGCGUGUGUUACAGCUGAUCCUGGUGCUGAAAUAGUUUGUCUGAAACUGAUCCCAGAGCAGUCGUUCAUGUGCUUGACUGCUCCUUCCCACUGAGGUCCUCGUCAUUUCGGUUACAACCUGCUAACUGAAUGCUGUUAAUCGAAUCGGUGUUUCAGACCUCGUGAUUUUCAGCUGCACGAUGUCUGUGAAGACAGAAGUGUGUUAGCUGGAGAUGAGUUUGUGGAGAUAAAAAGGGGAAAUAUUAGAAAUGUUAUAAUUAUUAGAAACAGUAUGAAUGUUUACAAUGUUUGGGAUGUGUUCAAUGAUACUUUUAAUGUUGUUUGUAUUGCCACAUAUUUGUAAAAAGCAGUGGGUUUUUUUAGGACAAAAAACCUCCAUCAGCCCACUCAUAUCUCUGCAAGGACUGAUAGCAGAUAACUGUCAAUAAGCAAUACAAAUUAGUAUUCAAUAAACAGCUCAGUCAAGCUCAGUUAAGAUGUGGGUUGGAACAGAACACCAGCGUGUGCAGCGGUAUUUUAGAACAGGGCCUGAAAAACACUGCUGCAAAAUUCUGCCGGUAAUUCGCCCUCCCUCAGAAAUCCCAGAAGAGCCAGGCCACGUGGGAGUUAAAAAAGCGAAAUUUUACGGACGGUUUAAAAUGAGAACGCGCUGAUGCUUUUCAGGCCAUGUAUCUCUCUCUGUCGUCGUUCUCUCACUAGGGAGCUAUGAGCGGAAAGGGGACGGAGAGUCGCCUUGGAAAAGUUGCGUGGACUAGAUUGGACCAUAGAAAUAGAUUUUAAAUGUAAUCUCGGCAAGAACCGUGUCUGCUAUUACAACUUUAAUUUUAAAGUUGGCUGACAACUUGGAGAGGCGCAAGUGUCAUGAAAAUAUAGGUACUCUGGUCCUCGAAAUAUGCUAUAAUGCUGAACGCAAACUGAAAUUGAAGUGAAGUGUCAGCAACUUACAAAUUCUGAACAAACAGGUUUAGAAAUAUUAUUUUGGGAGUAUUAUGACAAGACUGUCAGUCAGAAUGCCUACUGCGUUCAGAAAAUUGGUAUCAGGAGAGACCAUUACAUUUGCGUUUAAAAUUAAAGGGCAUUUACCAUCACAUCAAUAAAAUUAUGCUGACACACAGAAACAAGAGCACUUCAUUACACGAUUAAAAUAUUAUGAAUACAUUAUUCCAAACUGUCCAUUGUGAUGGUAAUGAAUGCUGGAGUAAUAACAUACAGCAAGCAUGAGAUUUUCAGACCCACUAUUUUUUGCAGGAAUAUAGAUUUAACUAUUAACUACGAUUUGCAGGAAUAUAAUUUAACGUAAAGUACAGUGGUGUGUAAGCGUAAGGAUUUAUGGUGAUCCUUGUUCAGUCAUGCAUGCAGAUUUAUAAGGGGAAGUUUUCCAGUUGAAGACUGCAGCACGAAAAUGCGCAAUGAGCUUUCACUCAUUUGCGAUGGUAUUAUCAUUGGAAUCUUUCAUCUCGUGUACCUUCAGUCCAUAUACAUGUGUAAUCUCGCUAAGAUCGCUAACAAAUACACAGCUAACACUCACUCAGACAGCUAAAAUCUGGGAUACUUCCAUGCAUAAUAACAUGCUGCCGUAAUGACACUUCGGGCUUUUUUGAAGCUGAUAUUCCUACUUGGUCCACUUGGAUUGCAGAAAAGUACAAUAUUUGUGGAAAACACAAAUCUUUAACCUAUUUAUAUGUCCUCAGUGAUGCA